CGAGUGCAUUAUCGGCUCAGUCGUUGUUCAGUAGCCACAACAGACAGUUGUUGUUCUCUGCAGUUCUGCUCUUUCUUUGUGAAAAAUGUCAUCUUGCGGCCCAGGAUACGUCACUCCCCAGGAUGCCAUCAAGGAGGGUCCGCGCGAGAAGCUUCUCUACGUGGUAACCGUGCAGCCGAACCCGGAAGACCCGCAGGGAGACUAUCUCUCCACAGUGGACGUCGAUCCGGAGAGCCCCACCUUCUGUCAAGUCAUCCAUCGCACAUUCACCAACCGCCCGGGAGAUGAGCUGCACCAUUUCGGCUGGAAUACGUGCUCCAGCUGCUGCAAGAAGGGCGCAGAUAUGAAGUGUCUGCCGAAGAGGGACAAGCUCAUCUUGCCCUGCCUCACCGGUGACAGCAUUUACGUGAUGAGCACGGAGAAGCCACGAGCGCCUGAACUGGUGAAGGUCAUCGAUGGCGAGGAGAUGCGCAAACUCGAUUGCUGCGCUCCGCACACGUCCCACUGUCUGGCGGAUGGGAGCAUCAUGAUUUCGACGCUCGGAGACGCUGCCGGCAAUGCCAAGGGGGACUUUGUCACCCUUGACUCCAAUUUCAAUCUCACCGGCACGUGGACGCGUGGCGAGAAGAAGGCGGCCGCCGGCUAUGAUUUCUGGUAUCAGCCCUACUUCGACGUGAUGGUGUCCUCCGAAUGGGGCGCCCCGAAGCUAUUCCGCCACGGAUUUCACGAUAUGCAUCUCAAAGACUACGGCACGUGCCUCAACUUCUACCGCUGGAGCACUCACGAGCUCCUGUACUCAACCGACUUGGGCGAAGAGGCCGCCGCUCCGCUGGAGAUUCGCUUCCUGCACAACCCGAAGCAGGCUCAGGGCUUUGUGGGCUGUGCUGUGUUCGCUAAGGUCUUCCGCUUCCACAAGCCCGACAACGGGGAGAAGUUCAUCGUGGAGAAGGUAAUUGAUGUGCCGGCCAAGACAUUGAGCAACGGACAGAAAAUACAGGGCCUGAUGACUGACAUCCUCAUCUCGAUGGACGACAGAUUCCUCUACUUCAGCAACUGGAUGCACGGAGAUGUGCGCCAGUACGACAUCAGCGAUCCAACAAAGCCCAAGCUCACGGCUCAGGUCUUCCUCAACGGAGCCAUUGUGUCGGACUCUGGAGUGGUGGUGACGAAGGAUGAGGAGCUGGACAAGCAGCCCGAUCCGGUGAUCAUCAAAGGCAGGCGACUCGAGGGAGGACCGCAGAUGCUCCAGCUGUCACUCGAUGGGAAGAGACUCUAUGUCUCCACCAGUCUCUACUCGCCGUGGGACAAGCAAUUCUACCCGAAGAUGGUGAAGGCGGGCGGAACAAUAGUGCAAUUGGAUGUGGACACAGUGAAUGGCGGAAUGACGGUGAACCCGAACUUCCUCGUAGACUUUGGCAAGGAACCCAAUGGACCGACGCUUCCACAUGAAAUGCGAUAUCCUGGCGGUGAUUGCACAUCGGAUAUUUUUCUGGCACAGGAUUAAAAAGCUUCUGUCACAUGGUGAUGAGGAAUGUGAAUGUGAGACACAAAGUGUGUGAUUUUCGUUGCACUUCUAAAAAGGAAAAAAAUGAAGUAACAUUUAGAGAUAAAUACUAUUUACCCUAUUAUAAUAUAUCAUCCUAUGAAAUUGUAAAAGAAACAAUAAACAGUGUUCAAUAAACUUAUGACACUCUUAAUAA